AUGAUGCGCUCACAUGUCUGCCAACAAUGCAGGCUGCAGCUCUCGCGACGAUUACCAACUCCGCGGCACCCCCAAUUGCAGUCCAAAGCCACCAUCGUCUCGUUCCGCAAAAACCCAAAUGCGCCGCAAACCAACCAUGAGGCGCAACCACCGCCUGAAGAGGCCCAAAAUGAGGAUAUUGCGGUGCAAGAGGGACAGUCUCAAGGGCUUAGGAUACCAUACGAACGACGUGGCCAAGAGACGGAUCUCACUCAGGGUCAUCAUAAUAAUUACAGUGAAGGGAAUGGAGCAGCGGGUUGGUACUCCCGAAGCGCGCAGCCUACAGGCCCACCUGGGCAGCACCGGCAGAAGCAGUAUCGUGAGACAAAAUCCGCGUUUGGUUCAGACGCAGUCACGUCUGUUGCGCAAACCAUAAAUGGGUUUUUGAAGCGUAACAACGUAAAAGCAGCCUGGGACCUCUUCGACAAAACCUACUCCUCACGAGACGUACCAGCUCUGACCGAUCCAUCGCUCAGCGACAUCCCCGUUCUCACGGGCGGCGGUAUAUUUACACGGCUUGCUCAGGGCAUUAGUAUGGAAUUCGCCCACGGAAACAACCAAGUCCCUACACCGACCGAAGUCCUCUUUCGAUACGAACAACUGGACAUAGCACCAAAAGGCAUAUGGAAACAGACGAUAGCACAACUCACAUACGAGUUCCUGUUGUCAAUGGCACCGGCCGACCAACGCGGGGCUCCAACAUCUAUCUCCACAACACAACGGGGCACAGAGGCGAUUUUGGUCGAGCUACUGUCUCUUUGGAAGCUUUUUUUUCAGCGCCACGGGACACAGCAAGAUAGAGACCCGUUUGAAUCCAUCAACUCUGAAUGGAAGACGAUCCCUGAAUCAGAAGUUCGUUUCGAAGCAGGCAAAAACUAUGGGGCACGGCUUCAGCAGUUUCAUCGUACGCACCCUACUGGUCCCGAGUUACAGUACUCGGCUAUAAACAUCUUCAACUACUUCUAUGGAGAAACGCAGCCUCCGCGUACUAUUCCAGACGCUCUCCGAGAACAAAAUCAGCCAUUUCUUCGGUUGUUGACUUCGACGUUGGCCGGAUCAAACAUAGUGGUCGCUUUCAAACACGCAGAAGUCAAUGCUCAGAUCAAGAGCUUAGGCGAAGAGUAUCGACGGUCCAUCGCUGCCCAGAUGGACCUGGCUCCCAGCCUAGCCAGGAGAAUAAAUGGUCUCGACCCAUCAGUGACUCCAGAAGAGAAGGCCUCUUACUUGCAAGAGUCCUUUCUCAAACGCAUCUAUAGACAAGUGAUGAUGCAAGCCAACGUCCGCGGGUUGGAGGAGAUCUGGGGAGAGGUUGAAACUACGUAUAAAGCGUCUGAUGCGAAGCCGCUGAUACCCCCACCAGUAUACAACGCUUUUCUAUCGGGUUUCAUGACUCUGUUUCAACCAGACCACGCUGUAAAAGUCUGGAACCAUAUGAUUGCGCACGGCGUCAAACCGGAUUUGGAGACGUGGAACGCAAUGUUAAUGGGCUGCGCAAAAGCCAAAGACCUGGCCGGCAUGAAUGCUGUGUGGGACCGAAUGCUACGCUCUGGUUUCGAGCCUGACCAACGUUGUUGGACAACGCGGGUCCACUCAACUAUUGGCACUCAUGUGCAAGUUGAGGCGGGUCUGGUCAUCUUGGACGAGAUGGGCAAGAGGUGGCUGUCGGCUGAGAACGCAAUCAAAGACGCAGGCAAAGCAAAAGGUGCUAGAAACCUUCAAUCUAGUGCAAAGAUGGCCAACAAUUUCACGAAGCCAGCUAUUGGAGUCAUCAACGGCGCGGUCGACGCUAUCGCCCAAUUACCCCUCAAAGGAAAGGUCCUAAGUCAUCGGAGCAAAGGCAUCACCUUCGAAACAAAAUUGUCAUACGUACAUAAGAUCCUGCAGUGGGCUGGCAACUUUGGCAUCAAACCUGAUGCUCGCACCUACAACGCUUUGAUCAAGCUCUACCUCGAGGGCAAUGACUUUCCGACCACCUUCAAGCUACUUCGACAAAUGGAGAAGGAGGGUAUAGAAGGUGAUCUUGCUACGCACACCAUGCUCCUCCGUGCGGCCUUCGACAACCAGAAGUUUGACGACCUCUCACACCAGGAGCAGGCAGAUCGUGUCCUUGGUCUCUUCGAUCAACUCGAACAAGGUGGCCUAAAGCCCAACACUUACGUGUACCAGAUCGCUGUGGACCGCUUACUGAAAAAUUUCAAAAACUACAAAGGCGUGCGCGCUGUCAUUGAUCACAUGAUGAGUCGCGGCUUCGCCGUCUCGCCGCAAAUAUACACUUCGCUAGUCACACAUUACUUUCAACAAGAUCCGCCAGCCAUCAGAGAGAUUGAUAGUCUCGUAACGCGCAUCCUGGGGCCGCCCGCGGCGCCUACGGACAGAUUCCUCUUUGACCGACUCAUCGAAGGGUAUGCGAGGGUCGGCGAAAUCGCGUCCAUGAUGACGGUACUCACCAAGAUGGGCGCGCACGGCAAGAGGCCCAGCUUCGUUGCACUCAUUGAGGUUGUCAAAGCGCUAUAUAAGGCCGGUAAAUGGGACCGCGCGAGGGCCAUUGUGCGUGAUGUCCAGCUAGGAACAGGUGUUGCGAAGGACGCGCCGACGAACCUGCACCAGGUUGAUCGCGACCAGUUCUUCUACGUUGUUCGGGCGCUCGCCCCUGAGCUACUGGAGAGUCUGGCUGGCGAACAUCUCAGCGCCCCGGGGAGUGCACGAGGUGACCGCGUCGCGCAGGCCAUGCAAGGUGAUGCUAGCUACGAGCAGCCGCAGGCACCGUAUCAGCAUGAGCUGUACGAGCAACAGCAGUACGAACAAUACCAGCAACAGCAACAGCAUUACGACCAAAGUGGGCAUGAGCAAGUGCCAUCCGAGGAAACCCAGAUGUCAUAUCAGCAGGCGCCAAAUGGGCAGACACGCUACCAACAGACGCCAGAGGUGGACACCGAGUACGUGAACGCAGAGCAUGACGGAUAUCUUUCGGACGAAUCUCAGGCGCCACGCCACUGGUGA